AUGGGAACGUUUGUGGACAUCCUGGACUGCAUUCUGCUUGCUCACAAUGUGUAUGACAAGGCUGUGCAUUUGCUCGUGGCUGAUGGAAGUCCUCUUGAGCUUCGGUGCACAUGGGACAUUGUGAAGGAGUUUAUCCCCGACAAGCCUUUACCUCCAGCACCAGAGGGCAAGGGCUGGAUCCUCCUUAUGUGCUCAGCUGACUACUCUGUACGCCCAGUUUCAAGUAGGGAUACUCAGCCAAGUAGGUUCUUCCAGGACCAUUAUGCUCAUGUACCGAGACAUGGCAACACUAACCAAGCAUGA